AUGGCGGCCCUGCAGCAGGGCGGCGAGGCAAAGCAGCAGCUGCAGGACUUCUUGCGAGAGCGCCUGGACGACCCUGGGUUUGGUGAGGCGCUGGUGAAGCUGCUGGUGCUGGGGCACUCGCGGCUGGACCAGGUGGAGGCUGCCAAGGGGCAGCGCGGCGGCGGGGGCGGGGGCGGAGGCCUCAUGUCUGCUCUCAUGAACAUGGGCUUUGAGGAGGUGACACCGGGGGCGGGGCUGCUGUGGUUCACGGUAUCCAGCCUCCUAGAGAAGGGCAUCAAGUGGCCCCGCGACGGCACGCGCCCCUCAGCCGUGCGCGACGGACUGUUCGAGCCUUCCCACGCGCGCCUCGUGCAGCUGCUCGCGGCCCUCUGCCCCGCCGCCACGCUCGCCGCGCUGCGCGGCCCGCUGACGCGCCGCCUGGCGGCACACACGCAGCCGGCGGGGCCCGCGGAGAAGGCGGAGCAUGCGACAGUCGCGGAGGCCGCCGCGGGCCUGCUCGCGUCCGGCGCGCCGUUCCUGCUCCCCGCGGCCACCGGCCCCGCCAGCACUUCCAUGGAGGUCGACGGCGGCGCCGACAUUAGUGCAGCCGGCGGUGCCAGCGGCGAGGGUGGGGGCAGCGGCGGCGGCGAGUGGGCGGUCGCGCUGGUGCGGGACGGGCUCAGGGGCUGCAGCCUGGAGAUGGCGGCGUCCUGGGCGGCCGCCACGCGGUUCGCAUUGGAUCACCUGAUGCCGCCCGCCGGCGCCGCCGCCGAGGCCGCGGGUGCGGGGUUGAAUGGCGAGGGGGACGACGAGGAUGGGGACGGCGGCGGCGGCGGCGGCGGCGGCGGCGGCGUGUCAUCAGACCCCGCGGCGGCCGCGGCGGAGCGCGGCCUGCGGGCGCUCUUCGCUGCGCUGCUGGCCGUGCCUGGCGGCGGCGCGGGCGCGCCGCUGCUGCUCGAGCUCAAGCGGCUGCGGCUGUUUGAGCAGGCUGUCGCCUCCAUCCGCACGUACGAGCCCGACCACGACAAACUCACCACCCUGCGGCAAGCCGGCGCCGCAGACGCGCCGCCGGCGGGCGCGCCGUGCUUCGCCGGCGGCCGCGGCUGGGACGCCCGGCGCGGCGGCGGCAGCGCGCGUGCGUUUGCGUCGGCGUUCCGGCCCCCGAGGGAGGCGCGGGGGUUCUUGGGGGGCGUGAUUGCUGAGGUGUCUCUGCUGAUGGACGCGCGGGAGCAGCCGUCGGCAGUGCAGGAGCUGGCCGGGAAGCUUCUCGCCGACCUGGCGGCGCUGAUGGCGCCGUCCGUGGUCGGCCCCGCGCUCGCGGCGCUGCGGCGCGCCGGGAGCCUCUCGGACUUGGCGGCAGCGGGGGGCGGGGGCGCCGCCGCAGGCGCGCUCGCCGCAGGCGCGGACAGCGGGGCUUCGUCUCCCAUAGAGCUCGAGCUCGGCACGGCGGCGGCAGCGCGCGGCCCCGCCGGCGGCGGCGGCGGGAGCGGCGGCGGCGGCGGCGCGGAGGGGCUGGUGCUGCUGCUGAACCCGGGCUCGGCCGCGCUGGCGGCGCAGCUGCGGGCGCUGGUGGUGCGGCUCGUGGUGUCUUUCCAGCGGCAGUGCGCCGACGGCGGCGGCGGCGGCAGCAACGGCGGCAGCGGGGACGGCAGCAACGGCGGCAGCAGCGUCAUGGCGGUCGACGAGGAGUCCGACGCGGUGCUCGUCCCUUCCCCCGCCGCCGCCGCCGCGGGCGGCCCGCCCGCCGCGGCCCCCCAGCAGCAGCAGCAGCAGCAGGCAGCGUUGGAGCUGUCCGAAUCCCGCGUCCGCGCCGCCGCGUCGCAGGCCGGCGUAGGCCUCAACUUCAUCCUGAGCGCCGCGUACAGCCCCGACGCGGCCGCGCUGCGGCCGCUCGUGCUCGCGCAGCUAAGGGGCCUGCUGUCGCUGCAGAUGCUGUCAGCGCCCGGCCUGCAGCAGCUGGCCGCUGACGCGAAGCGCGCGGCGGUUGCGUUGAAAUAUGUCCCCGUCUCUGCCGGCCCCGAGUGCGCCGGCGGCGUCGCCGCGCUCGCGUCGGCGGGCGGCGCGCCGCACUGGAGCACGCGCGCGGCGGCGGUGGUGCACCUGGCGUGCUUCUGGUUCAGGCACUGCUUCCUGCUGGGGGCGGCGGAGGCGCAGGCGCUGGAGGGGCUGGUGGUGGGCCUGCUGCAGGACCCGAAGGGCGUGUACAUAGGUCACUUGGCGCUGCUCUGCAGCAGUCGUCUCCACCACGUGAUUGAGAACUUUGUGAAUGAUUGA